UUUGGAGGUUCGUGCGUCCGGAUAACGGAUCCUUAUUACAGGAGUGGCGUGCGCGUGGCUCUCCGUGAUGCGUGCGCUCGUGGCGGUGCUCGCGCUGUUGGCACAGUGCGCGUGCGGGGUGCACGGGUGCCAGUUGCCGCAGGACUGGAGACCGCAGACUGAAGCGUGCAGGGCAGAACUGGCCGAGAUCAUCGUGUUCGCCCGAGUGUUGGCGGUUCAUGAGGACGCACAUGGAGCCGCGGCGCUGAACUAUCUGCCCUGGCAAAGCGAGGCUGGACUCUUUUUCUCCUCUGAGAUCGAGCUGCUGUGUGAUCAGUCAUGGGGGAGCAUGCUGGAGGUGCCCGCCGGGUCUCGUUUUAACGUUACCGGACUCGGAUACUUCCCGUGCUACUCAUACAGCGUGGUGGAGAACAACAAUUACUACUUCUUUCUCAGGAUGGAUGAAAACUACAACAUCAUCCCCCAUGGCGUAAACUUCCAGGACCCCAUCUUCCCCGACACACAAGAGAACCACCGAAUGUUUGCCAGCCUCUUCCAGUUUUCCAACUGCACCCCCGGCACGCAGGUCCACAUGUACACGCCCGAGUGGGAGGCCCAGGAGGACAGUCGGCUCCUGUGUUCCUCCAUCCAAAAAGCCCUCUUUGAAGAAGAGGAGAAGGUGAAGACGCUCUCCCAGGAGGUCAAGAUCCUCGAGAAAGCCAACAACCACCUAAAGGACAAAGUGAAGAACUUGAAACGUCUGCUAAGACUGGCCAAGCGUGACACCAAGGAAUCAGCAGUUAAUCUAAAGCAGCUUCAUGAGCCUGAAGCAGAACCGCCACACCCACAGCAAGACACCAACCAGGACCGAAAACCCGCUCACAACAAGCUCCUGCACAGAAAUCUCAAAAACUAGCACAGAAACCAGCACAAAGGAAGGAAGUUUGUCUUAAUUACUGCCAGGGAGUCAAAAAGACUCGGAUUGCAGAUAAGAAAGUGGUCAGCUGGAGGUCAGUACAAACAUGAAAGUAGAGUAGAAUAAAAAUGUUUUUUAAUGAUACAUAAUGACUAUAAACAUUCAUGUCAAGAUUACAGGGCAGAGAAAUGUAACCAGAGGACAAGUCCACUUUCUUACAGAAAUGUUAAAUCUUGGCUUUUGUAGACAUUAAGCAGACAUGUUUCCAGCUAGAGCUUUUUAAGAAAUGUAUUUAAAAUGGAAAGAAUCCAAAGAAACAUACACUAUAUGGACACAAGUAUUGGGACACCCUUUGUAAAUACUGAACUCAUGUUUUUCAGCCACAACAAUUGCUAACAGGUGUGAUAAAUCAAUAAUAUAAAGUAAAUUAUAUGCUUCCAACUUUGAUGCAACAGUUUUGGGAAGGCCUGUUACUGUUCUAGCAUGAUAUAUAAAGACACAAAGAAAAGCUUUGGAAUGAGCUGGAACCAACUGACCAACAGCAGUACCCAGUCAUACAAAUGCUCUAUUGACUGAAUGGGCACAGAAAUCAUUUUAAUACCAUUUGUUUUUUUAAAUCAGAUGUCCAACAAGCUCAUGGUUAGGUGUCCAAAUACUUUAUGCCAUAUGGUGAAUAGGGGUUUGCAAGUAGAAUAGUUCUACCUUCACAUUCAAAAUGCAGCCUUCAAACUAGUUGUUUUACACAAAGCACAGUAUAUAAUAACCAGUAGUACCUAUUUUCACUAUUUUUACCAUGUCACAUGAUGUUACUGCAGCACAAUAUCUGAAAUUUGCUCAAAUCGAACAUACAAGUAUAUUCUUAAACUUAAAGUGCACUUGACAUUUCUGAAAUUUCUUGCUAUGCUUUUUUUUUAACAAACGUUUCUUAAAUGUGUCGAGCUGUAUGUGUGUUAAUGUAUAUGUAAGUGUUUAUAUCCAGGGCGCUGAGCGCUUUAUGAUUACAACCACUACCCAGCAUGGCUUAUUUUUUGGCCAAAUGUUACAGCAUUAGCUGGCAAUUUUAUUAACAAUGUUAUUUUGUGUAUUUGUACUUUUUUACCUGUAUGUCCUUAAAUAAUAAAAUAUAAUAAACUGU